AUGGACGACUCUGAUUCUUCAAGCCUUUCUUCGGCACCGCCGACCGACGACGAAAAGCCUGAAAAACCUGAAAAGCCUCUCGCACCCAUCUUCACAAAGAUGGCAAAGGGCAAGAAGGCCGCUCCCAGGAAGAAGAAGGCUCCUGUUACUCCUCCAACUCCACCCUCACCGCCGCGACCCAAGCGGUCUCCUUCUCCGCCGCACGAGGAGUCCCUCGCCGACAAUCCUGAUGUCGCCUUCCUUGUCAUGUUCCGAUCUCGCUUCAGCCAUGCAUUCCCUCCGAAACUACCCCACUUUGGUCCUCAGGACAUCGAAAGAGGUGUCGCCGAAUCUCCUCCAUCGCCGCAAGUUGAGNNGGAUCUGAUGUGCGCCAUGCUUGCACUUGUCCUGAACCGCAAGAAGCUGGUCGAACGAGGCCACCAUGGUCGCGCAAUGGAAGAAGCUUUGUCGACGCAGAAACACCAAUGGCCGCUUUCAUGGAACCGUGUCAAUCCUCUCGCUGGCAGUAGAACCUUCCCCGACAUGUCGCCUGCCGAACGUUUGAACCUCCUCCGCACCCUCGCAAUCUGGUCGCUCACGUCAUCCGAAAUUGUCUCACAAACCAUCAAAGACUCAUACAAGAUUUCGCGCCGCGAAGACGACAUCAACCAACCGCUGUCCGUCCAGCAUUGGGGGUAUGACGGUGACAAGAGAAAGUACUAUUUGAUCGAGGGGCAGGAGGAUACCAGCUUCCGUGUAUACCGCGAAGCCAAUCGGCUUAGUCAAAACCCUCAAUGGUGGAGUGUCGCUGAGACCAUUGACGAAGUCAAUGCCCUGGCAGAGAAGCUCGAGACCAAGGAUACCACUCAAGCUGCCCGCCGUUUGGCCGACAAGAUCAAGGCCGCUGUGCCACGAUUUGAGGCAUCUGAGGAGGUAAGUCUGCGUAGUCUUACCUGCUGCACACAGAAAACUGACUAUUUCGCANNGAAACGUAGACGUCGCGAAUACCGCCAAGCGCGCAAGGCGCAAUUCAGCAAACCUGAACUCGGUUUCUCCCUUUACGAAGGUCGCACUCGCGGCAAGCGCAUUCGCUACACAUACUCCGAUAACGAGGAUGAGUCUGAUGCCACCGGCUCACGUCGCUCUGCCAGAUAUUCCGGACACUCUACCCCUGCCGAUUCAGGCCCGGUCGUCACCGCCAGCGGCCGUCAAGUUCGUCCUGCAAGAACAGGUAUUUACGGCGAAUCGCUGCUCAGUGGUCAAGCCGAAACACCCGACUAUGCCGCUUCAGAGACAUCACGCACUUCUGGAGGAAGAGCGACAAGAAACAGCACACGUCUCUCACCGUUGAACGAAGAUCGCAAGAGAAAGUCACGAGGAUAUAAUUCUAUGGACGAAGACAGUGAGGAGGACGCGCCUUCCAGUGGAAACGAAUGGGAUGGAGACGACGACGAUGAUGAUGACAAUGACGAGGACGAUGUCGACAUGGCUGAUGGAGAUGAUGAGGAUGACAUGGAUCUCGACCAGAACGUCAAGAGAAGUCUUGUGGUCAAGCUCAAGUUGAAGAGACCUCAAGAGUCAAUCAAGACAGAAGAUGCCCCUAUGGAGGAGAACCCGCCGCCUGCCACUGAUGGAUCUCGAGUAUCGGUCGCUCGGCAAGACCUCGAGAACCUGUCAACUAAGGACGGAAACACGCCAGCACCGCCUGUAGCAGCACCAGUUGCAGAGGGACAUCCUGCAGCCGUGGACUCGAUGGAUUUCGAGGUACCCAUUCAGAAGACUUAUCACGCUCACCCACCUCCUGCACCCUUGCCUGCAGCCAAUGUUCCUGACCAGCAGACCAAUGGCAGUGUCUGA